AUGGGUAGUGUAAGGUGUAGUUUAUCAACAGUAGGAAAAUAUGCUUUUAUUGUCAGGAGCACAAAGUUACAGCAUGGGAUAAUCUCCGCAAUAUAUAACAGCAGUGUCCUUCAAGCCCGGGGAAUAUCUACUAGUAUUAUUUUAUGUAAAACCACGACAGAUCCUCCAAAGGGCUUCAACCCACCUCCACCUCCUUCUAAGGAUUCCGGCAGCGGAGGCGGAAAAAAUAAAAAUACCCUCUCUUGUCCAAAAUGUGGCGAUCCAUGUACCCAUGUUGAAACAUUUGUCAGUUCUACGAGAUUUGUAAAAUGCGAAAAAUGUCAUCACUUUUUUGUCGUUUUAAGUGAAAUGGAUAGUAAAAAGAAAGAAGGCGUAGAUGCCAAAACUGGACAACACAAAAAACCACCUCCUCCGCCAAAGAAGAUUUACGAUUAUUUAAAUAAGCACGUAGUAGGACAGGAUUACGCUAAGAAGGUUUUAGCUGUAGCAGUUUAUAAUCAUUAUAAAAGAAUUUAUAAUAAUAACCCUGGUCAUUCCAAUCCCAGGCAAGAUAUGGCUGUUAUGGAACAUGGACCUCACAGUAUGACACAUAGAGAUCAGCCACAUAUAACCGGUUUAGGUAAUCCUUCAUUAGGUUUGAACUUCGGCGGUCCCUUUGAAACGCAGACGGUUACAUCAAAAACGGGCCAGGGUUCUGAGAUUUUGGAAAGAACUAGUCACGAUCUGAAGUUAGAGAAGAGUAACAUUCUGCUUCUUGGGCCUACUGGAUCAGGAAAAACUCUUCUUGCUCAAACAAUAGCUCAAUGCCUGGAUGUGCCUUUUGCAAUAUGCGACUGUACUACUCUAACUCAAGCAGGAUAUGUUGGCGAAGACAUAGAAAGUGUAAUUGGAAAAUUGUUGCAGGAUGCAGGUUAUAGUGUAGAAAGGGCACAGGUUGGAAUAGUCUUCUUAGACGAAGUGGAUAAAAUUGGUGCUGUACCUGGUAUACAUCAACUUAGAGACGUAGGAGGCGAGGGAGUACAACAGGGUAUGUUAAAAAUGCUGGAAGGAACUGUUGUAAAUGUUCCCGAACGAAAUUCUCCUAGAAAAUUACGAGGUGAAACUAUUCAGGUGGACACAACAAAUAUUCUGUUUGUUGCGAGUGGUGCUUACAAUGGUUUGGAAAGGUUGAUACAGAGGAGAAAUAAUGAAAAUUAUCUUGGAUUUGGUGCUCCGGUGACGACAGGUAAAGGUAGACGAGCCGUCGCUCAAGAAGCAACAUUACAUCACUCUUCGCAAUCUGCUGAAGAAGAAAAUAAUGAAAAAGAUGCAGCUCUAAGACAAGUACAAGCUAGAGACCUUAUAGAUUUUGGAAUGAUACCAGAAUUCGUAGGAAGGUUUCCAGUGUUAGUUCCUUUUCAUUCACUAGAUCAAGGCAUGCUAGUAAGAAUUUUAACAGAACCUAAAAAUGCUUUGGUUCCCCAGUACAAACGGCUCUUAUCUAUGGAUAGUUGUGAUCUUAGUUUUACACUCGAUGCAUUAAAUGCCAUUGCUCAUUUGGCUAUGGAAAGAAAAACAGGUGCUAGAGGAUUACGAGCGAUAAUGGAAAGUCUCUUAUUAGAGCCAAUGUUUGAAGUUCCUGGUGCUAAUAUCACCGAAGUAAAAGUUACUGAAGAUUAUGUAAGGGGCAAAUGCGAACCCAUUUACGUAAAAAACACAGAUGCUUCUAAUCCGGAACCCAACGAAGAAGACGAGUUCAACACAACGAUAAGAGUUAAACAAUGA